AUGGCCACACUCGUAAGGGUUCAGCGAAAACUAGACGUUAUUAAAGAUGAGUAUUUCAACAGACACAGGCUAGCCGAUGAAAACAGGAGAAAAGAAUACAAUGCAGCUAUGAAGAUACAGAGCUGGAUUAGAGGAUGCAAAGUGCGAUCACAUAUCAGAUUUCUGCAUAGAAAAGCAAAAGUUAUUCAGAAAAUAUGGAGAGGCUAUAUUGGAAGAAAGCACUUCAGAGCCACAUUGAAGACAGCAUAUUUUAUUAUGAAGAUGAAUUUCUACAAUGAAAUGGCUGUCAGGAUUCAGAAAAGAUGGAGGGGAUAUUAUGUGCGGAAGUUUGUGUUUAAUUAUUAUGUACUGAAGAAGUACCUAAAAGGCCUUGUCAUCAAAAAUGAGAUUGUCAGACAGGAGUUGGCAGAGUUUGCAGAGAUGAAACAGAGAGAAAAGGAGAAAAAAAAUCUCGAAGAAGAAGAGGACAAGAAGAAUUACUUAGCUCAAAAGAUGCAUUACCUCCUCAGCACAGAGCAGAUACCAGGUGUCUUUAACUCACCCUACAGAUCCCUUCCUGAUGAGAUGGAGCUCCGACUACAGCUGGCAAGACCACUGAGCCACAGAGUACAUGUUCUGAAGAAGGAAACUGGUGAAGGCAUUGAUACUUCAUUUAGCUUCCCUCCUUUGAAGCCUGUACCACCAAUUGAUAAGAAAAAAAUACAGGGUCCCUUCCGUGAUACCGCUGAAGUAUUGCAGCAGCGCUACAAGCCUUUGGUUCCAACCUUGCGGGUGGCAACAUCAAUCACUUCCGUCCAGGAGGCCAGAAAGGAGUUCAAGAGAGAGGAGUGGAGGAACCGCCUGAAUGACAAUGUCUUUUUGCCAUUUUCUAAUGUGCUCAAAAACAACCAAUAUCCAGCCUCACUGCUGCUGUCUUCUAAGUAUAGUCAGAACCCAUAUGGAACCAAGUACUUCAGAGAAGAAAAGAAAGAGAAGCAAAUAACUGACAAGGACUUCCAGCGAGUGUUCACGUCAGUGCACCUUUUUGACAAGUUUGGCCUUACGUACUCCAAAACAGGACAUGUUGUGUAAAUGCGCAUUACUGAUCAUGAGCUAUAAAUGCACAUGGAAUAACUUUUAAACUCAGGGAUAAGCUGUUAAAUCCAUAAUGAAUAACUGGUUUAAGUUAGUGUGUUCAUUAAGAUAUACACAUAUCUGACAUUGUUUUAGAAACUGCAUUGUAUUGCAUAACUCUGUGUGUAAAACAACAAUGCAGCUAGACUACGUUUUCAAGUUAUCUUUAACAGACGUUAUAUUUCUCCAAACCCUAUGUAUACAGCUAAUUGCAUUUUCUUUGUCACAUUGAGAUGUCUCAAAUUAUUACCAUGAGCCAAAAAAAAGCCAUUGCAUUUCUUUCUUCAGUAUAUGGGGUCAAAAUAAAUCAAUAACAUGCAGAUAAAAGAGGAAACUGUGAGAGCUAUUAACCUGAGAGGAUGCUUGAAACCAUUUGUGAUUAAAUACAUUGAAUUAUUAA